UAAACUUGGAACUCCGGAAAGCAUGCGCGACUUUCUUACUUGUAAAUCGUAGAGCAUGAUGUUUUACAGAGCCUUGCAAAUCUUUUUCCAUUUUUUUACAAUCUUUUACUGUGUAACCGGUGAAACGUUAACGAAGAAAAAUGAAAAACGUGUCGGCGUUAGAAACAAUUAUCAGAUGUGCCUCGACAGCUUCGUCAUUCACAGGGAUAAAAUUAUUCGAACAUACGAGUCUCGUGAUAUGGGUGCUAAGUAUUUAAACGAAAACGACGUUGAUUCUGAGGAUGAAUGUCAAAAAUUUUGUUGUAGUACGGAGGGUUGCGACGUGUUUAUUUUCGAGGAAAAGAAACCUGGAAAUUGUUAUCUUUUUCAAUGUGGACCGUUGCAUAAUUUUAAAUGUAAAUUUACCAGUCAUGCUAAUUACAGUAGUGCAGUGCGUACCAAUUAUAAUACACAAAGCAAUACACAACAGGAGGAAGAAAUCCGAAUUUCUCAACAAGAACAUGAAUUAAAAUCUCUUAGGAAAUUGGCAGACCCAGCACAAGCAGAAUAUUCUUUCACAGAAUCACCUCUAAAAUUAAGUGCAACUUUAACUCCAAAAUUAUUACCAACUACACCACCGCUUGUUAAGCAAGCAUGUAGUCGCAAUCAGUACGAAUGUCGUUCAUCCGGAGAUUGCAUAGCAGUGUAUAAUGUCUGUGAUGGUAUCCCACAAUGUGCAGAUGGAUCUGAUGAAGCAGCAACAGACCUUGUAUGUCCUACAGAGAAACCAACAAUUUCUCCUUCUGUGAUACAAGGACCUCAACCACCUCAACCACUACUACCUGUUGAUAUUAAAAAAUAUCAACAAAUGAUUGAUCAACAUAAAUCCCUUGCUCCGUUGUACGCUCGUGUUCCAGAAGUUAAUCCUAAGCCGUGGGAAUUACCGAAUUUAGGUCAUCAAAUGAUACCACAACAACAACCUCUUUUAUAUCCAGCACAGCAAAUGGAAAUACCUCAAUUAUAUAAAAGUUUUGGAGUUCCUAGAUAUCAAUGGGAUCAUCAACCUAUGUACGAGCAAAACAAAGACAUUUACAAUCCUGUUAACUCUUUUCACGAACAGAGCAAUUUAAAUCCUUAUGAACAGGACCAGUCGCAUAUUUUCAAUCACAAGGGAUCUAGUGUAAUUGGAGAAAAAGAAGCAGACACUGGUACAUACUUAGAUUUAAGGUAUCCAUAUGCAUCACACUUUGUAUCACCAAAUAGAGCUCCAUGGCAAAAUACUCAAGUUUUUCCAUCUCCGUCUCCAAUACCAAAUGUACAACAGAAACAGAUUAACGAAGCCGACAAAAACGUCGUUAGUACAACUACACCUCCAUGCGAUGUGUCGCACGAACAAACAGAUGCGCCAAUAAAAAGUCAAGAAAUUGAAGAAGUUAAUCGGCAAGGAGAGGAACAUGUGGUUCAUGAAAAAGAAGUUAAUCAAAAUAAUAUUAAACAAAGUACACUAAAAAAUGAAGCUGUAAACUUGAAUCAGAUUCAAGUAAAAGAAUCAAAAGAACAUAAAAGUUUGAUAGUUAUUAAAGAUCAUAACAGAGAGCAUGGUAGGAAUACUUUAAUGGCAGAGCAUUUGAAACAAGUAAAUGAAAAUGAAGUUUUAAGACCUAGAGGAGCGGUUAUAUCGUUGGCGUUAGGACUUACAAUAACAGCUAUUACAGCCACAUUAAUAGCUUGCCGUUUGCAAGUAGUUCGAAGACGUGGAAGACGACAUGGACCAUACGCUCAUGAUCCAGAUUAUUUAGUUAAUGGAAUGUACCUUUAAGUAAGUACGAAUUUGUUUAGU